AUGCAAAUCUUUGUGAAAACAUUGACCGGCAAAACUAUCACUCUCGAGGUGGAGAGUUCUGAUACCAUAGACAACGUGAAAUCUAAGAUCCAAGAUAAGGAAGGGAUUCCACCCGAUCAGCAAAGGCUUAUUUUUGCAGGGAAACAAUUGGAAGAUGGCCGCACCCUUUCUGAUUAUAAUAUCCAGAAGGAGUCUACUCUUCACCUUGUGCUUCGAUUGAGAGGUGGAAUGCAGAUCUUUGUCAAGACCUUGACAGGGAAGACUAUCACCCUUGAGGUUGAAUCAUCGGAUACAAUUGAUAAUGUUAAGACCAAUUGA